CUGAUUUCUCAGCCAUGAAGGAAGUGGUAGUCGACAUCGCGCCCAAGUGUAUCAAGGGGCUCGAGUUCUCCGCUCUUUCGGCCAAAGACAUUGUGGCCCAGAGUGAGGUAGAGGUGCAAACACGAGAUCUCUAUGAUUUAGAAAAGGGAAGAACUCCUAAAGUAGCUGGGGCACUCGAUACGAGAAUGGGGAUAUCGCUGAAUCUGAACGAAUGUGCAACUUGUCAUGGAAAUUUGGCUUCGUGCCAUGGGCAUUUCGGCCAUAUACGAUUGGCGUUGCCGGUUUUUCAUGUAGGCUACUUCAAGCUGAUUAUCCAAGUUUUGCAAUGUAUCUGUAAGAAUUGUUCAGCUGUGUUGUUAGACGAAAACACCAAGAGACAGUUUAUUUCCGAUUUGCGCCGUCCCAACAUCGACAACUUGCGUAGAAUGAAGAUUUUGAAGAAGGUCUUGGACCAGUGUAAGAAACAAAGAAGGUGUCUCAAAUGUAACCAUGUCAAUGGUGUAGUCAAGAAGGCUGCCAGUGGUGCUGGGCCUGCUGCCUUGAAAAUCGUACACGACACUUUCCGUUGGAUCGGAAAGAAGCCAACACCCGAAAAAGAAUACUGGGAUAAGGAAUUCGACCAGGUGUUGCUGAGAAACCCCGAACUUGAGAAGUUCGCUAAAAGAGUCUAUGAUGACUUGAAUCCUCUAAAAACGCUUAAUUUAUUCAAGCAGAUAACCCCCUCAGACUGUGAAUUGUUUGGCUUGGAUCCAGCCAGAGGAGGAAGACCAGAAAUGUACAUUUGGCGUUACUUACCAGCUCCCCCAGUGUGUAUCAGACCUUCAGUCAUGAUGGAUAGCCAGUCCAACGAAGAUGAUCUCACAGUCAAGUUAACAGAAAUCGUGUGGACUUCGUCUUUGAUCAAGGCCGGGAUCGAAAAGGGUAUUUCUAUCAAUAACUUGAUGGAGCAAUGGGACUACUUGCAGUUGUCUGUAGCCAUGUAUAUCAACUCUGACUCUGCCAACCCUGCACUUUUACCUUCUUCAGGUGGUGGAGGCUCCAAGUCUUCCAAGCCUAUCCGUGGUUUCUGCCAGAGACUAAAGGGGAAGCAGGGACGUUUCAGAGGAAAUUUAUCCGGAAAAAGAGUCGAUUUCUCCGGUAGAACAGUCAUUUCUCCAGAUCCUAAUCUUAAGAUUGAUGAAGUUGCCGUACCGGAAUUAGUUGCAAAAGUGUUGACAUACCCCGAGAGAUGUACCAGAUAUAACAGGAAGAAGCUUCAGAGAUUAGUAGUCAACGGUCCCGAUAUCCAUCCUGGUGCCAACUAUGUCAUGAAGCAGAACGAGCAGGCAAAGAGAAACUUGCGAUUUGGUGACAGAGUGAAAUUGGCCAAAAACUUACAAAUAGGCGAUCUAGUAGAAAGACAUAUCGAGGACGGAGAUGUGGUAUUGUUCAACAGACAGCCUUCUUUACAUAGACUUUCCAUCUUGUCGCACUAUGCCAAAAUCAGACCCUGGAGAACAUUCAGAUUGAACGAAUGUGUUUGUACUCCGUAUAAUGCGGAUUUCGAUGGUGACGAAAUGAACUUACACGUGCCACAAACAGAGGAAGCUCGUGCUGAAGCCAUCAACUUAAUGGGGGUCAAAAAUAAUCUUUUGACUCCCAAGUCCGGUGAACCGAUCAUUGCUGCUACCCAGGAUUUUAUCACUGGUUCAUACUUGAUUUCGCACAAGGAUUCGUUCUUUGAUCGAGCCUCGUUGGUUCAGCUCUUGAGUAUGAUGUCGGAUGCUGAUGUACAGUUUGACAUUCCGCCUCCAUCAAUCUUCAAGCCAGUAAUGCUCUGGACCGGUAAGCAGGUAUUCUCGUUGUUGAUCAAACCAAACAAAAAGUCUAAUGUUGUCAUCAACUUGGACGCUAAAUGCAAAACUUUCAUUCCUCCGGAAAAAGGAUUGCCAAGCGAAAUGUCACCAAAUGAUGGUUUUGUCAUUAUCAGAGGUUCCCAGGUUUUGGCUGGUGUCAUGGACAAGUCGUUAUUGGGAGAUGGUAAGAAGCAUUCCGUUUUCUAUACUAUCUUGAGAGACUAUGGCCCUGAAGAAGCAGCUACCGCCAUGAACAGAAUGGCCAAGUUGUGUGCCAGAUUCUUGGGUAACCGUGGUUUUUCGAUUGGUAUCAACGAUGUCACUCCUGGCUUUGACUUGCGAAGAAAGAAAGAAUUAAUGGUAGAACAGGCUUACUUGAAGUGUGACGAAUUGAUUGACUUGUAUCACAGAGGUAAGUUAGAAACUCAACCUGGUUGUAAUGAGGAACAGACUUUGGAAGCUAAGAUUUCCGGUUUGCUUUCGAAGGUUAGAGAAGAAGUAGGUGAAGUGUGUAUUAGAGAGCUUGACUCGUUGAAUGCUCCACUCAUUAUGGCCACUUGCGGUUCCAAGGGUUCCACUUUGAACGUGUCACAGAUGGUUGCAGUUGUCGGGCAACAGAUUAUUUCUGGUAAUCGUGUUCCUGAUGGGUUCCAAGAUAGAUCUUUGCCUCACUUCACGAAGAACUCCAAGACUCCUCAGUCUAAGGGGUUUGUGAGAAAUUCAUUCUACAGUGGCUUGACACCACCGGAGUUCCUUUUUCACGCCAUUUCUGGUAGAGAAGGGUUAGUUGAUACUGCUGUCAAGACUGCUGAAACUGGGUACAUGUCAAGAAGAUUGAUGAAGUCAUUGGAAGAUUUGUCUUCGCAGUACGAUUCUACAGUUAGAAACUCCUCAAAUGGUAUUGUACAAUUCACAUACGGUGGAGACGGUUUGGAUCCAUACGACAUGGAAGGGGAUGCCAGACCGGUCAACUUCAAACGUCAAUGGGACCACGCCUUCAACAUUACCUUCAACAUCAAAGAUAAGAGCCUCCUUCCUUACGAAAUCAUCGAUUUGGUGAAUUCCAUCCUUGAACCUUUGGAAGACAGAUUAAUCAGAUAUGACAACGUAGGCAAAAUAUUGCCAGAAGAAGAUUUCGACAAGAUAGAGUACAUUGACCAGAACGAUGCUGAAAGAGCUUACUACCAGUCGCUUCGCGAUUUCGUUACUGACAAGGCCGAACAACUUGCCCAGAUUAGAGAGCAUAGAGGAUUGCGUACAUUCUUCACAAGACCAGACAGUGAAGAUAUACUCUUUGAUUCUGACGAAUCUGCAGUUAAUGCUGUAGAUCAACUUCUCAAAAUUUCUUCCAAAACCAUUGAGAAGUUCUUGGAGCAAUCUCUCUACAAAUAUUCCAAGGCCAAGGUUGAGCCAGGUACUGCUGUUGGUGCUAUAGGUGCACAGUCUAUUGGAGAACCUGGUACUCAGAUGACGUUGAAGACUUUCCAUUUCGCUGGUGUUGCCUCUAUGAAUGUCACUUUGGGUGUUCCCCGUAUUAAGGAAAUUAUCAAUGCCUCCAAGACGAUUUCCACACCUAUCAUCAACUCCGUUUUGGUCAACGAUGACGACGAGAUCGCAGCCCGUGUGGUAAAGGGUAGAGUCGAGAAAACGUUGUUGAAGGAUGUUGCGUUCUUCAUCGAAGAUGUAUACAAGAACGAAAUGGCCUACUUGUCUAUCAAGAUCGACAUGAGCACUAUUGAAAAGUUGCAGCUCGAGUUGACGAUCGACGACAUCGUCACAGCCAUACACAAUGCCCCUAAGUUGAAAAUCUCACCUGGAGAUGUCUCAGUUUCUGGAAAAGACAGAGUCAACGUGUUGGCAACGUUGAGAGAAAGCAAGGCAGAUGCCUUGAAGAAUGGUUCCAACGCAAACGAGUUGUUCUUCAGAAUGCAACAACUCAGAAGAUCGUUACCCAACAUCUGCAUCAAAGGGUUGCCCAACAUCAUGCGUGCUGUUAUCAACAUUCGUGAUGACGGCAAGAAGGAAUUGUUGGUUGAAGGCUAUGGCUUGAAGGAUGUUAUGAGUACCGACGGUAUUGUAGGCACCAAGACUACCACCAACCAUGUUCUUGAGGUGUUUGAAGUGUUGGGAAUUGAAGCUGCUAGAGCAUCCAUCAUCAAGGAAAUUGACUACACCAUGAGUAAUCACGGGAUGAGUGUCGAUCCUCGUCACAUCCAGCUUUUGGGUGAUGUGAUGACUUACAAGGGCGAAGUAUUGGGUAUCACCAGAUUCGGCUUGAGUAAGAUGAGAGAUUCGGUGUUACAAUUGGCAUCUUUCGAAAAGACCACCGACCACUUGUUUGAUGCAGCCUUCUUCAUGAAGAGCGACAAGAUCGAAGGUGUUUCUGAAUGUAUUAUAUUGGGGCAAAGCAUGAGCAUAGGGACUGGUUCGUUCAAAUUGGUCAAGUCGUCCAACUACGACAAAAAGGUUUUGAAAAUGAAGCCCACCCUAUUCGAGGGAUUGUGUGAAGUGGCUUCCACUGCAUAAAUAGAUUUAGUAGCAAUACAUGUAUAUUAAUGGCUGC